AUGGCCAGUUACUAUAAUCCACCGUCUGGAUCCUGGAGUGGUUCGAGUGUGAACGGGCCGCAUGCAAUCCUGUCGGAUAGCAGUAGCACUUUGGAGGGUCAAAAGACGACGAGACACUUUCGAAAGCUGGGCAAUGGCAAACUAUUGGUUCCUUCUGGAUCAGCAUCAACUCCUCCUCAGACCAUGACGAAAACUCAUCCUAUGCAAUCGGUUGCCAUAGAAGAAGGCCAAUGGAGAGGACUCAUGACCGUUCCCAGGGCUGUCAGUCAAGAUGAAAUGGAUUCACCAGACAAGUCGGCCAGCAAGACUUCCAUUGACUUCAGCACCAGUCCUUCCACCAUUGCCAGUGCCAGCAGUGUACAACAUCAUCAAGAGAUUCAAGAACAGCAGGAACUAGGAGGAGACGCGUCUUCCGUGGCAACCUCCAAUUUCUCGUCACCCUUGGAUCGAUACCGGGUCGACGAAGAUGACGGGGAUGCCAACAGAACGGCCUACUUUUCCGCUGGAGUGGGCGGGGAAGCAGAGACACCAUUGCCGAGUCAUCAUCAGACACCUGCGCGAUACCUGCACAACGACAAUCCACUCAUGGAAACUUCCAUGGCAAUUUCCUUGUCCCCACAGUCACCCUUUGUGGAUGGCUCCUUAUUGUCCAGAGUACCAAACGAGGACGAACUGGACAAUCACGAGAAGUUGAGCUUGAUUGCCGAAGAUGAGGCGAACUUUCAUAACAUGGCGGCACCUUCCGAGGCGGACUCGUUGUCAUUGACCAUGCAGUCCGAAAACAACUAUGAAGAUGAUCUACGCGACUUGGAGGCAUUGGAAGAAGAAUUUGCCAAGGAUUUAAAGGAUGUACUGGGGGAUAUUGACAAAAUUGGAGAAUCCGAUGAUGUCCACCAAUCAAAUCCUGGAUCACAACAACAGAAACAAAGCACCACGGAUGCUUCCAGUUCUCUGAAAUUGGGAAGCCUCCUAGAGGCAACAUCUUUGGGAUCGCAGUCUCGUUUUGUCUUUCAAAACAACAACAACAACGACACUGCUGAGGGAUCGACAAUGCCAAGUUCAUUGAACCUGUCAUCGUCUACACAAGGGUCACGCAGCAAUGUACCAAAUCAAGAUAUCUUUGUUUCCAAAGGCCCUUCCGGCAGCCCUUCUGUUCGUGCCUUGUCUUGGUCUUUGGCAGCAGGACCAGUUGCGGGAGGUACUGCGUCUUCUUUGAAAAGCCGGAGCCACGACGAGAUUUUUUCGGCCGUGGCUCAUACCGUGUCAAGCUCCCAAGAUGCUGUCAUCAACUACCCGAAUAGGAAUGAUCAAGACGCGACACCACGAUGGAGAAACACCAGCAUUCUGAGUCCCCCGGAUUCCGAUGAAAGCGAGAAGGAAGAGACAGAACGGUACAACAUGGAAGAAGAAACCACCGAUCUGUUUGGUUUGGUUCCAAAAGACUUGGAGUUGUCUGGUUCUCUCGACGCUCCCACGUCGCAACCUCAGGUAGAUGCCUCUGACAACAGUCAACAACAACAAUCGCAACAUGACAAUUCAUCCGCUAGUCCCACACUGGCUGCCUUGCACGCAAAGUCGCAUGCUGCAGUUAAGGGGAACUUGGAUUUGGAGGCUGUUUCGUCGAGUUCUACUGUGGAUAAGGGACCAGUGAAUCUCAACGAGAACGAGGGCGAUGUCUCGGAAACACCAACGACGACCCCGAGCAAGUCCAAUCGCCGACUCGUCACAAAAGUCUUUGCCGUGCAAGAUACCUUGGGCGCUACCAAGAAGUCGAUUUCACCGACGGCUCGUAUCGAAGAAUUGGAAGCUCAGUUGGAAGGUGCCAGACAGGUGAUGCGGGAGCAGAAAGAGUACUACGAAGAUGAGCUGGCCAAGUUCCAUGAAUUCACACUCCCUCUGCAGCCACAAUCUCCGUUUGAUCCAGUCAACCUCAAAAAGCACAGUCCCGAAACGCAACAGCGCAAGUUGCUGGAGAGAAAUGAAACAGCAAUAAAGGAGAUUAGGUUCGCAGAGGUGACAUGUGUCGAACUUUCACAAAAGAAUCAACAGUUAGAAGGUGAACUGGAACGAAGAGAAAGCGCUCUGGAAAAGAUGAAGAAAGAAAUCGACGAAUUGAAGGACACCAACUUGCAGGGGGCUAGCAAUCUCGCUGCACAACUCGAAAAGGCAACUGUUGACAAGCUAGGCUUAGAGCGACAGCUUCACGCAGCCUAUGACAAGAUGGAAUCCAUGAAGAAUCAGCACAACUCUGACUUGGAAACUGUGCAGAUGUCGGUAGCCAGCCAGAAAGAAGGCAUCAUUUCGGAGCUUCGAGAGCAGCUCAAAUCCAUGUCCAGCGCGAGCGCACGGAAGGAACAGGCGUUGGAACUGCAGCGCCAGGAACUGCAAGGGAUGGCUUCGGACCGUUCCAACCUUUACAAUCAAAUCAAACAUCUCAAUGAUCAUCAAGCCACCAGGCCAUCCUACGAUCGUGAUGAAAUGAGGAGCAAGAAUAUCCAGUUGUCCAACGAAGUAAAUGAAGCCAAGCGUGGCCUGCAGUCGACCCAAACCGAACUGGCCAGAGCACGCGCAGAAACGCCCACCUUGUUGGCGCAAGUAGAAGAGCUGGGGGUCUACAAAACAAGAUGCUCUGCUAUGGCUGAAGAACUCGAGCGGCUGAACGAAAAAGUCAAGGAGUUGGAGUUGGCUGGGACUAUUGAAAACGCAAACCAUGACCUGUCAUCUGUCGAGAAGGAACUAGAGGAGUUGACCAAUGAGAGGGACAGUCUCAGUGACCGGGCGGCGCAACUGGCAAAUGACAUUGAGGAAGCAAACAAAGCUUUGCUGUCCGCACAAGUAGAUCGCGACAUGUUCUCUGGAAAAGUAACGAAGCUUUCUGAUGAUGUCGAACAAUCCAACCGCGCCUUGCUGGUGAUGGAACAAAAACUCAACGAUGCGACCAUGCAGAGAGACGAAUUUAGAAAGCAAGCAGAUGAACUCACCGCUACCGUGCAGGAGGCUCGGUAUAGCUUGAAAGUAAACCAACAGGAAAUCAAAAACAUUGUCAAGGAACGAGACGACCUUCGCGGUGAAGGCAAGGAACUGGCGGCAGAUCUGGAGCAAGCACAUUCUCAAUUGCACAGAGCUCAGCAACAACUAAGGGAAGUUGUUCGCGAACGAGACCAAAUCAAUGCAAACUCGCAGAACAUGUCAGCAUCUGUGGAGAGAGCACAAGCUGAGCUGAAGAGAAUGCAACAAGAAUCAAUGCUUUUGGCUAGCCAAAGGGAUUCUUUAAAUGGCCAGUCCCAGAAGUUAUCAGGGGCUCUCAACAAAGCUCAACAUGCCGUCCAGGCAACCCGAGAAGAACUCAGGGAUAUGGCGCGUGAAAGGGAUGCACUUCGCAGUCAAACAGCGGAAUCAUCAAAUGCCGCCGAAGAAGCUCAACUUGAGCUACAGAGAAGUCAACGGGAUGUGAGGGAAUUGAUUCGUGCAAGGGAUGGAAUUGCAGCCCAAGCCAAGCAAUUAGAGACAUCAUUGGAGAAAACCAACCAUGCACUGAUUAUGAGUGAACGGGAGGUCCAGGAGCUGACACGAGAGAGGGCUGUGCUCGAGCAGAAGUCGUCCAAGCUAUCAUCUGAAAUAGAAGAGGCAAACAGUGCUCUUCUGAAGAACCAAAAUGCCGCCGAGUCUGCGACCCACGACCUGGAGCUUCUUCGAAAGGAUGCUACAGCAACGACCUGGCGGCUGAACGAAGCCGAACGAGAGCUGAAAGACCAAUCGGCCACUAUUGUACAGCUGCAGCAGCAAGUCGAGAAAUGGAAAUCGCACGCUGAGCAGAAGGGGCCCGGAGCUCUUCCGAAAGAUCUUCUCCACCAAGUCAAAAAGGCAGAACACAAAUUUUGGAGAGACGAAUCCGAGUUCUUCAUCAGAAUUGAAAAGACAGUAGCUCAGUUGCACUCUGGUAUGCUUUCAGCUGGCACGAAGCCCAUUCUACGUUCGAAGAAGAAAAGCAGCGUCAACCCAGCCCUCCUGUCACAAAUAUUGGCCUCGUCUUCUUCUCAGACUUUGAGUCCUCAGGUGAUAUCCACCCUUCAAGUGAUCCAGAAGUUUGUGCAACAACAACUCUCGAUGAUGGACCAAAAGGUGGCAAAUGUAGUCUCAGAGUACGCGGAUCGACUUGUCAAGGUUCAGUCAACUGUAGAGUACAUCCGUUCGUCGUUGGAAUUCGAUUCAGACGAUGGGUCUGUGUCACAAUCGGGAACCAGGGAAACGGAUGUCCUAGACGCCACGUUUGCUGCGGUCACUUCCAUUCCCGAUCAGCAAGUGGAACUGAUGGAAGGGGGUCAAAUGUCAGAUGACGAGGAAGGAGGGCACAUGACUUCGACCAAGCUAGACCCCAUCGCUGAAUCUCCAGCUCGUGAGACGAUCCUCGAUCUGUCGAAAAUCGAAGCUGUCUCUCCGUUCUACUCUAGUGAUCUUACAUUUUCAAUGGACAGCGACAUGGACGGCAGAGAUGAGCCCAAAGAUGACCAGACAGCAGGCAGUUCCGGCCCAGAAGCUCCUCCUGAAAUUCAACAAAAAAUGCGCCUUGAUGACGUCCAAAGAAACGUGUUUGGUACUGCCGUCGAGGCUGAAGCAACAAAAAACGCCGGCCUUUUGGGUACUGUGUCACAAUUACAGCGUGACCUGGCUCAGCAUCAGGAAAGGUUUCGUAGUUUCAUGCAACUUCAGGAGACGAAAUUGAAACAGCUCGAAGCAGAAUCUGGGGCUCCUCGGUCAGUUGAUAGAAUGACCAAGCUCAUGAUGGAACGAGAUGCUCUCUCUGCGAAUUUGUCUCAGGCAGCGCUGGGUUUGGAAACUUCCAAAGCUGAAAACGAGGCGAAUCGAACUCAAAUAGCGACGAUGAAAAAAGAGAUCAGCGACCUUGAGUAUCGCCUUGUUCGCAACGCUUCAAGUAGCAGGACCAAUGCCUUUUCCAGUAGGACCAACUCAUUCCAAGAGAGGCUCGAGGAAGCAUCCAACGAGCAAUCAUCGAGUGAUAUCACGAGCGAGUAUCAGCACCUUCGCGCUGAAUUGGCAGACGUUGCAAGGGUCGAACAGGCACAAAGAGUCAAAAUUGAGAGGCUAAAGGAGAUGCGGGCUGAGGCGGAGAAAGCAAACGGGCGUUUGAAGGAAAGCUUUGUUAGGUCCAACGAUAAGCUUGCCGAACUCGCCGAGAAGCACGAACUUGUUACCGAGGAACUGGAUGCGAUGAAACAGACUGAAUCACAGUUGCGCGAAGAAGUCUCGCGGCUUGCCAAGGAAGCACAGGAAAGGGUCAAGCAAGUCGCAAGCCACGAUUCCGAAAAGCAGUUCUUGGAGCAGCGUCUUGGGCAAGCAGAACAAGAAAAGGCCUCCCUGGACGAGAGGUAUCAACAGGCAGUCAAGUCACUUGAGGAGACCAAGAGGGAGCGAGAAGAAUUGCAAAGGAAAUACGAUUCUACCAUCUUGGACUUCCAGCAGUCACAAGCCACUGCGGAACAAGCCGAAGAGGCGACUCACCGAAUUGAGGCGUUGGAGAAAGAGCUCGCAGACCUUCGGAAACAAAAGGAGGUCGGUGACGAAGCAAUGCAUAAGCUCAAGUUGUCUUACGCUGCAUCCAGCAACAAACUAGCCGAGUUGCAUCAGGAAAGAGACGAGCUCGAGCAAAAAGCCAACUCUGCGGCUGAGGAAUGCAAUAAGUUGAAGGAGACAUUACAGACGAUAUAUCGUGCGCGGGACUCGGAGAUUGAAGAAACAAAGAUCCUUGAAGCAAACAUUGCUGCUGCAAAUGAGGAAAUGGAGACUCUGAAAACCCAGGUGCUUGGGCAAGGUCGUGAGCUGGUCGUGGCCAAAGAGAAGAUCGCGUCGCUGGAAGGAGGCCUCUCAGCAGCGAGAACAUCCAACGAAAGCGACCUUGAGAGAAUCAAACGAAUGGAGCAAGAACUUCAAUCGACCCUCUCUGCUUGCGACGACAAAGUCGCCACGCUUGAAAGCCAACUGUCAGUGGCUACUUCAAAACGAGAAAGGGACAACAAAGAGAUUGAUCGUCUUGAGCGCGAGCUUCAGUCUGCUCAAGCCUCUCACGAGAAGUUGAAGUUGACUUAUGUGGCCUUGAAUGAAAAGCUCGCUAGUACCACUGAGCAACUCGAUGGAAUGAAUGCAUUGGCCAGCGAGAAAGAGAUCGUCGAGCAACAGUUGGCACAAGCACAAGCGGAUCUGAAAAGCAACCGCGAAGAAAUGCAAAAACGAGUUGAUGCCGUCGAGCUGGAACUACAAGAUACCAAGAAUCAUCUCGAGACGGGCGUCAAGGAAUCAGAUCUUGCUCUGAAGGAAGCUCGUGACGAGGUGACGAUGCUUCGUUCACAAGAGGAAACCACAAGGUCAGAGAAUGUGCGGCUUCAAGACUGUCUGCACGAGACCGAAGUUUCGUUGGAAGACUUGACAUUGAAGUUUAUCGAAAGCAACAAUAAGCUUGCAGAAAUGUCGUCCGAGAAUGAGGAAAUCGCCAAUCAGCUGGUCCUGUCUAGGCAAGCUGAGGAGACGCUGCAACAGGAGAAAACUUCAAUUGAGAAUGAUCUCCUGUCAUUGAAAGAAACAGAGGCAUCCAUUCUGCAAGAUAAGGCAACUGCGUUAGGGGAACGGGAUGAAGCUUUGAAACAACUCAAAUCGCUUAAAGAAGCAGAAAUGCACCUGCAACGAGAGGUCGAAGAGGCAACGCGGUGGGCAGAAGAGACCCAGUUCGAAGCCACUGCGGUUGCAAAAGAGAGAGACAGCGCAACAAACCACCUCCACGCCGUGAAACAAGAGCUUUAUGCGGCCCAAGAAAGCGAGGAGGGAUUGCUGAGCGAGGCGGAGAAACUGAUCAGGGAGAAGGACGAGUUGGUCUCCAACCUGGAAGGGACUGAAAGUAAACUUCAAGAAGCACUCGACUCCCUGGACCAAGCGCAUUCGCGGGAGCAAAAGCUCAGUCAGGAUAUUGCUGUAAUGACUCGCAAAAACGAAGCCGCUGAGGCCGAGGCCACGGAAAACCGUGACGCUGCUGAGGCCCUUGGUCAACUCUCGGAAGAACGAGAUGCCAUGCGUGACUCCAUUGAUAUUACAAAGCAGAGACUGGAAGAGAUUACCCGUCAGAUGGGAAGCGAGUUGAAAGAGACGCAAACGAAGCUGUUGACAAGUCUUGAGGAGGGUCAGAAGUUAUGUGAUGAGCUUGCCCGCACAGCACAGCAUAGAGAUGACUUGGAAGGAGAAGUCGAGGCUCUGAAACAAAGGCUGGGUGAGGUGUCGUCUGAAUUGGAAGUUGUUCGGGAAGAAAGCGAGAAGGCUCGAGAGGAGCUCUUGGAAACCACUCAAAUCAACGAUUCGUAUGAAGCGGAAGUAGAGAAACUCCAACAACGGUUGGAUGAAAUCACAGCAGAAUUGGGCUUGGAUCUGAAAUCCUCUCUGAACAAACUGCAGCAGGCAACCGAAGAAAACCAGCAGCUGCGUGACCAGGUUGCACAAAUGAUGCAACAACAGAACAGCCGCCAGGCUGAAGUUGACUUUCUCGCAACGAAUCAAAGAGAGACGGAUGAAGCCAUGGAAAAGCUGAAACUGUCUUAUGUAGAGUGCAACGAGAAGCUGGCCAAUGUCACAGAACGAAAUGCAACGAGCCAAGCAACAAUAGAGGAUCUAAAGGCCGCUUGCUCCGCAGCCGAUUCGCUGUCGAAGAGCACCGAAGGUCGCCUCCAGAGUUGUAUGGAUGAGCUCGCAGCCACCCGUCAAGAUAGAGACGGGUUGGAGCUUGAAUAUUGCAAGUGCCGAGACCAGCUCCAGUCUGUGUGGAAAAAACAUAAUGAGUACAGGCAAUCUGCGGUUCAACUUGACAGGGAUCGAGUGAAUACCAUCAACCAGAUUAAAACUGACAAAGACGAAGCAAUCGACUCGGCACAAAAGGAGCUGUCUCAGCUGCGUUCAGUUGAAAUGGAACUGAGAUCAUCUCUAGAGUAUGAGAAGCAUAAUGCCCAAGAUCUCCUUUCCCAACUUCACCAAGUCCGAGUCGAGUUGGAAGAGGCCAGACGGGCCGAGUCUGACCAUGAAAGAAUCGAAGAAAAGCUGAAGGAUACAGAAAUGACUCUUUUAGAGUGCUCCAGUAAGCUUGCUGAUGAAAUGCAGAAUUCCCAAGAUCUUUUAUCGCAAGUCGACCACGUACGAGUUGAACUGGAAGAGGCUAGACGGGCAGGGUCUGAGGUCGAAGCAGAUGUAUUGAAUCUUCACCAGCAUCUUGGUGCGAAAGAGGACGAAGUCACUAAGCUCAAGAAAAAGAAAGACAUUUGGGAAGAUCGCUGUUUUAAGCUCAGGGAGUACCUGCGCAAGCUUGUUGCAAAGUGUGAGGAGUGGGAGCAAUGCCAUGCCCAACAAAACAAGCUACUGGAAGUUCUAGAGGAACGGCAUCGGCAGACGACUGCGAGGGCAAACCAGCUUGCCAGGAGUUAUGCUACGCUAAACCAAGAAAUGAAAGCCAGGGUUGAUCCACGAGACUCAAGCAGCAGUGAUUGUUCUGUUCAUGAUCAGAUUGAGACCGAGUUGUAUACGAUAGCUUCGGAGAUGAAAAAUGUGAGCUGGACCUCGGGUAUCGGGGCAGAAUGA